CGUUCAACAUUUCAUCACAGAAAUAAAAACUAUUUUGCAUAGUAAUGGCGUCAUCAGUCAUCUCGACUUCCGCCCACACUUAUAAAGCCGACACGACCCGCGUCUCGCCAGCAGACGCCUGGUUGACAAUCUGACCCAACACAAUGGCCGCGGCGCAGAAGAUGUGGGGCGAGCGACAGUUUUGGGGAGUUGGCAGCGAUUACGAUCCUCCCUACACUCUUACUGAGGAGCAGAAGCAAAUCGAGCGGGACCUUAUUGAACUGUGUCGAACCACUUUGCGCCCUAAUGCAGUGGUUUCUGAUGAGACGUACGAGUUUCCAAGAGCUAAUAUGGACGCGCUGGCUCGUAUGGGGCUUCUCAGUCUGAUUGUUCCCAAGGAGUUGGGAGGGCGUGGUCAGAAUCACGUGUGCGUUGCCAUGGUAGUCGAGACUAUCGCGAGAUAUGGGUGCCCUAGCACGGCAAUGGUAUAUUGCAUGCACACUUCUGCUGUCGCCGGCCUUUGCUCCCGUUACCAUGACAGCCAACUGAUCCAAGAUGUCCUCCGUAGGCUGGAUCAAGACAAGCUGAUCGGCACGCUCUCAUACAGUGAUCCGGCGUCCGGGGGCCAUUUCUGGUACGUCCUCUCGUCCAAAUCAGACUACACUGCGGACGGUAAUAUCCAGAUGCUGAAGUUCUCGUCAUGGACUACCAGCGCAGGUUUUGCCGACUUCUAUGUGGUAGAGACGCUGAGCCCGGGGGUCAAGGACGACAUGGCUAAUAUGACGGCCAUGUUGCUGUUUGCAGACGAAGUGCGUGCGCACACCAGCGAUUGGUCAGGACUUGGUGUACAUGGCAACCAAUCCGGUAUGCUGAUUUCUGAGGGGAUCCUAGGCCCAGACAGGAUCAUUGGCAGAAUCGGUGAGGGGGCAUAUCUAAAUGACGAGUCUGUUCUGGCGUACUUCGUGUUGGUGUCUUCUGCUUGCUGGAGCGGGAUUGCCAUGGGGUGCAUUGAUAUAGCCCGGAAACACGUGACUGAUAAGAGACAUGCUGAUGUGGGCAUGCGCGUAUGUGACUACCCGACUAUCCAGGACUACUUUGGAGAUUGUGUCCUUUCCACCAAUGCUUGUCGCAUGUCAGUGUACAGCGCGGCUCGGUUCUAUGACAAGGCCACCAACAACAAUGACUGGACGAAAUACACAGAUGCUGACAUCAAACAAAGGUCACAGGUCAUCCACUGGGGGUUCCAGAGCAAGUACCAAGCGGCCAGAAACGCGGCCAAGGUGUCCGACAAGAUGCUGCACGCGUGCGGCGGGGCCGGCUACAAAACAGACAUGGGGUUGGAACGCCUUCUGAGAGACAGUAAAGCUGGCAGCGUGAUGGGUCCUACAAAUGAAGUAAUACGCCAGUGGGUUGGUCAGUCCGCUCUCCUCGGCAUGGACGUUUUUGACCUGUGGGCACAGAGGGUUAAACCAGGCUUGGUCCACGCCGAAGUCAAGAAAAUGACGUUGGACGAAAAGCGAAAACUUGCGGAGAGACUCCUGUCGGAGGUGGAGCUGGAAGAGAACGGAACUUCCGGUCUGGACGCAAACCAAGACGUGCAGUUUGAUAACCCGUUCGCCACGUGCCUUCCGCGUAGAGCCAAGGUCACCACGAGCCCAGGCCUGGAUCCCGACGUCUACGCCCCUUUGACCUUGCUCGAGAGGAUACCAGAAACGGAUUGCGUUGAGCGCUUCCUGUUUCAGCUGCCAAGACAGGCCACCCACACCGGAUGCCUGCCCGGACAAUAUGUCCAGGUCAAAGUUCAGGUGAAGGGGAAGAUACAGGAGCGCUACCUGUCACCCAUGUCCCGCCCUGACAGCCAGGUGAUGGAGGUGGGGAUGCGUCUUGAAAGUCACGGUCUAAUCUCCGACGCUUUCAGGCAACUUAAGAAAGGCGACAUAUUGGAAUGCCGCGGGCCCUGUGGUGGCUUUGAGUAUGUUCCUGGAACUCUGGACAACCUGGUCCUGAUUGCCACAGGUAUCGGAGCCACCCCCGUGAUCCAACUCGUCCGCUGCAUUGCGCAGAAUCCUGAUGACCUCACCCGCGUGACAGUCUUCUACCACGCGCGCAACAUCGAACAGCUCCUCUGUCGCAAUGAGCUCACAAAGUACGCCGCGGAGAAGAAAAACAUCAACGUUGCACUCUGUGUUGACGAGGGGGACGACAAGUGGACCGGAUUGGAAGGGCUGAUCGACCGCUCUACCUUGUCACCGUAUUUGCCAGUCCAUAAUGGGCAUAAAAAUAAGUUUGUGAUAUGUGCUGGUCCGCAAGUUGUCGUCACCAUUUUGGAGAUUCUGCGCGAAGGCGGGCAUCCAAGUCAGGAUAUUUACGUCUACGGAGCGUUUGGAACGAGGCUCGUGCGCUCUGUGUUCGGCAGGAACGCCAAACUGUCCACUCACAAAUCUGACUAGAACUCAAGAUGUGGUGAAAUAACUGCAACAGGGGGUUUUCUUUCGAAUUUUGGCUAUUUGACCCACUCUACUGACAAAAUCCAAGUAAAUUUCCGUCCUUAAGUCCAACAUUACAAAGAAACAUGAUUUAAAGACCUGUUAGGACUUACUGGACUAGAAAUCCGCCGACAUAGUGAGAGGUGCGACUUCUAUAGUUAGGGAUAUACAGUUUUAUAAAAUUAAAUCUUUAACAAACAUUGCAAUCUGAAACUUACUAUUUUCAGGGAGAGAAAACCAGGUUUACUACUCAAUUAAGACAAUCGCAUUUUUAGAAUUAAAAUUGAUUGUGCAUGUCUUUAUUUCAUCUGUGUCUGUACAGAAUGCCGUAUUUUGAAUUUUCUGUCGACUUAUGAAUUCAACACCAUUUUGAAAGAGAAAAAUGGAAUGCCAUUGAUAAAGAAUAUUCUUAUUUUUAUUUUUUACUUAUAUAACUUUGCAACAUGUUACAGGUACAUUUAUGGCUUGACAAUAUAAUAUGAAAAUAUAUUCGGUUUCGGACUAAUAAAAGUACUAUAUAAUAUACAUAUACUGUACUAGUAUAUAAUUAAAGUAUGUUUCAGAACUAGUGAUUCUGUAAUCAUUUUUACUAUCAGAAUAUUCAGGUUACCAUCUGGCUGACAUGCUGAAGUAUUGGAGGCAUUACUUCGUUCGCCAUCCUUUGUUUUAUGUUUUAUUGUGCGAUGUGACUGUUACUCCACCGGCACAAAGAUGUACACACUGUACGAACCUUUUAGUUAUCUGAGAUAUUUGUUAUUGUA